CUGAUCCUGAUCCUGAUCCUGAUCCUGAUCCUGAUCCUGAUUUUGAUCUACUCGUCUGGACUGGGGCAAGUUCCUUUCAUCUACGACACCCCCGUUCUUAUUCUCCCACCCUCUAACCAGGUUCGACCCAAACCUUAUCCUUUCUUAUUCUUUCGUUGUCGUCCCCCAGGCCCUUCAAUUUUAUUCCUGUAGUCGGUCACAUACGCAGUAUCCGUGCCUACCUACACACCUCCUUCUGAACGCACAGCCUUUCCAACUUGAACGCUUCUGCUUUUGGCUCGGUUUCUCCACCACGCUGCUUCCACCUGCUCAACAACAUAUAUACGCAGACAUCCCACGCUCAUCCAAGACCUCAUUCAGCCUCUUCACUUCCAGCAUCAACUUGCCAUUAGCCUUCAACUACCACUUUGCAACUAUACUUCUUCUCCUGCCAUAUACAUACACAUAACACACGCACACGCACGCACACUGAUACAUUAUCGUCGGACUCUCUUGUACUCUGUCGAUACCGAUACUCGCAAAUCAACACUUCAGCCACUACCUCGCAAACUCCCCCACGGCCAAAGAUGUCUCUCGCUUCUCAAAGGAGAGGGCCUUGGUCCCAACAGGAAGACGCCUAUCUCAUGCAACUUGUCAACGACCAGGGCCCCUUGAACUGGGUACGAAUUGCUCAAGCCCUGGGAACAAGGACACCGAAGCAAUGCAGAGAACGAUUUCACCAAAAUCUGAAGCCCACCUUGAAUCACGAGCCCAUCACUCCCGAAGAGGGUGCCCAAAUUGAGAUUCUCGUCAACGAGAUCGGUAAGAGGUGGGCAGAGAUUGCAAGACGGCUUCACGGCCGCAGUGACAAUGCCGUCAAGAACUGGUGGAAUGGAAGCCAGAACCGCAGAAAGCGUCACGAUCGUCGCAGGGCCAACCAAGGCAGCACCUCCGGCUACGACGACCGCAGAUAUGGUCACUCUGGUUUCCGACCCACUCUCACCAUCAACUCUCACGCCGCCUCCUACCCUCACACGAGACACGGCAUGUCAUCGCCUGUCUCUCCCGCCUUUUACACCCACAGCCACCCUUACUAUCAACUCGAGUCGCCGCUUCCGUCGCCCAACUCUACCUCUUCGCCUGGUAGUGAUGGUCUUGACGGAGAGACGUCCGCCAUGUCCGAUGCCGCCUCAAGCUACACCACUUCCCCCCAAUGCCUCUCGCGGGGUACAUCGCCAUCUGUCCAACUAGCCCCGCUCCGCAUGGACGAGAACUCGGCCCCUCGCUCGCUGCCUUCCUUCGGUAGCCUCAUGAAUGCUCCAACCGACAGAAAAGAAGCUGGCCACAUGCGCCUGCCUUCUCUCCCAUCCCACCUCCUCACAGCACCCAACUCGCCUGUGAGGAGUACGGUUCAACAAGCCCUGCCGCCGCCAUCUCCUUCGGCUGCGGAUAAGGACUCUAGAAUGGAUGUUUCCGCGCUUCUGGGCUGAGGACACAACGUAUUCGACUUUUUCUUUUGUACUCCGAGGGAUACAAUCCUCAUGUAUGCCACAAUGUACCACUAAAGAGUACAUGGGUUCUGGAAUCGCAAACCACGUCUAAUGGGCGGUACGUCUGGGAAUGGGACGUAAAACUUGUACCCUGGGGGGCUUUUUUUUUAUAGCUUUGAUACCUGAUAUUCAAACCCUAGCGAGGGGAUGGCGCAAUUGGGAGACCUGAUAAAUCAAAAAGGUCUGGCAUGGGAUGGCGGCAGGACGGUAGAGAUUCAGGAAUAGAAUCUCAUGCUCCUUGAAUUUAGCUAUACUGUCGUAUAAGGUGUAUACAUCACCAAUAAUCAAAAAGUCACGAAAUUACAUCUACAA